AUGAACCCUAGUCAACAACCAGCGUCGGCCGUGCAAGCGAUGCCCCCUCCCUCGAUCAUUCGUCGGGCCUCUCCCGCACGCCCUCCUGUGACCUCGGCCUACUUCGCGCCCGCUGGUGGCAACCUCGCUGCCGCGGCGGCGGGUGCCACGGGUGCUGCUGGUGCGCCCUCGUCGGGAUCGACGACACCUUUGGUCUCCCCACCGGCGUACCACUCGACGCCGUCUUCGAUCCUGCUCAACAAGUCCAAGCCGCUCGAAGCGCCUACGUCCGAGCUCUCGAUCGAAGCGGCGAUCGCUCGAGUGAACAGUCCAGAUGGCACCGCCAGCGACGUCUCGGCCGGCGCCUUCUCCGACUCGAACAACACCAUCACCUCCCCUUCCUCGGCUGUCAGCUCGCCCGGUCUCAAGCCGGUCGCGAAUGUCGGCGGUGCCGCUGGAUCGGUGUCGCCCUUGAUCAGUGACAGCCCGGGCGGCGCCGCUGGUGGGCCGAACCAUGCGCUCACCGACGUGCAGCAAGAGUACAACCGACGCAGUUCGAGCCCGCAUUGCCAUUUUGCUCCUUUGCCCAAGGUUGGAGAUCAAGACCGUCCGCUUGCACGAAGGAACUCGUCGGUGCAAGCCGCCAAUCGGGUCAAGCCCUUUGUCAGUAAGGAUGUGGCCACGCCUUCGUCGGGUGAGUUUUCGGGUGGAUUUUGCGUGGACAUCAGCAGUGGGGAUCGCGAUCAUAUACGGAGUGAAACGGCCUUCAUUUCGGUGAUCGCCAUCGAGAAGACUGGACCGUCGAGCCUGCGCGAGCUUCGCGUUGAGGGAUGAUUCCGUCCGUUCUUCUGGCGAGGGGGCUUGGCUCCGUCGCAGCCGAGCGAAUGUGAUCCUUCGGCGCCUUCUUCGCCUCGCAGUUCUGAUUCAGCCGCGAACUGGUGCCGAACGCGACUACUGACUACGAUGAUUACGGAAUUGAUACAUUCGCAGACACGCCUGACGAGCCUUUCCACCUCGAAAUGGGUGAACAACUCGGCUCAGCCCUGCGCAACCUCUCGCUGCAAGGGCGCAACUCGCCAGCACUUGGCCGUCGACGGGCGUCGCGCUCCUCAUCGGCACCCCGUUCCACCUCGCCCUCGCCCUCUCGUCGACCCGGUCUGAGUCGCGGCAGCACUUCACCCGCCAUGUCGAGACAGACGUCGAGUGACGCCAUCAACGUGCACUACAUCCAAGGCUCGAAAUUACCCGGCAGCGUCUCCCCCGUCAGUGGCGGUCCCAGCAUCUCAGCAUCGCGCGAUCGCAACGAAAGCGGAUCGCGAGAGCGCGAACGCGAGCGCCACGAGAGCGAACGUGAACGCGAGUUGCAGAUCGAGAUGGCCAGGAUCAAGGAGCGAGAAGCGUGGAAGGAGGAGAGGGAAGCCGCUGCCAAAGCGACAGGUGCCGCUUCGCCCGUAUCCGCGGGACCGGGGCCCACGACGCCGUUGAUGGAGCAGGGCGAGAGGCCUUUAGGCCUCAACUUGAAUCCGAGCAAGAGGCCGAUGUUCGUCGAACCCACGGCUGCGGCACGCGUCAAGCCUAUCCGAAAGAACUCGCACGAGGAGGUUGUCGAGAUUGAGCCGGGACAAGAGGCCAACGCUAACGAUGAGCUGGAAGAGGUCGCGGAGGAAGACGAAGAGGUGGCGGAAGACGACGACGAGGGAGCGCGUUCUGAUGAGAACGAUGACGAUGACGAUGACGAUGAUGACGAUGAAGACGACGAUGGUGGCGACGCCACAAAGGAGGAUGAGGAUGAGGACGAAGAAGAUGAGGAAGAGCACGAGACCGAGGUCCGAGCAACCGCAAGAGGUGCCGCCGUGGAGGUAAGUUCUUUGCAUAGGCCCCAAGCCAUUUUACCAAUCGUGCUGAUUGUCUAUUUUGCACGCCAUGAUAGGUCAUUCACUGGCAUCGGCCUGAGUCUCCCUCCCGCAAGGACGAGUGA